UGCUUAACAAAAAAAGAAGCAACUGUGUCUCCUUUCCUCAUACAACAACCUCUCCUUCUGCUUUUGCUUUUUGUUUCCCCAUUCGUACCUCUCUUUUUAUUAAAAGCUUCAGCUCACCUCUCUCUCUCUCUCUCUUGGAGAAAUUAAAUUGUGAAAUAAAAAAAAUAAAAAAAAUGCUGGGAGCUCGAGUCUGUGUCCGUACAGUCGCCGGGUUCGGCAGCACCACCACCUUCAGCGAUCAGACUCGGAGCUCGAGCUCGAGUUCGUGUUCGAGUUGGGCCCCUAAGCCUAACGCGCUUUGCCUCUCGAGCCCAUUUCGUUUCGGAAACAAACGGCGUCGUAAUAAUAAUAGCUCCCAAAUCCAAAUCCAAUCGAAAUCGCAAUCGAUGCUCAUCGUUUCUCGUAAUUCUUCCCGAGGAAGAUUCGGUGGCCGAUCCGGCAAUGCCCACGAUCGCAACGACCAUGACUUUCUAGAAGCUUCUAUCCUCCUCUCAGAAACCGCGUUGCACUACCGUAUGCGGAGGCAAGGAUAUCGAGAAGAGAGGAAGUGGCCGUCCCCUGGUCAAUCGACCCCAUUUUCAGUCCAAUUAAAAAAACCCCGUGUCAAUGUCGAUUUAAUUGGAGAGAGUUUUCUCCGCCGCUUUCAGAAUCCUACAAUCUUUCUCAAGAUUUCUUGUGAUGGAGACUUUUUGCUACCGAUUAUUGUAGGAGAAUUUGCUGUUGAAAAACUUAUAGAUCCCCAGUGGGAAGAUAAGAAUGGGGACUCCCCAGAUCAAUUCAACUUCAUUAGAGAUCUAGUGGAAAAGCUUGGCUACCAGGUUACUAUGGUGAGAAUUACAGAAAGAGUCGUUAAUACUUACUUUGCCAGACUAUAUUUUAGCAAGCCUGGGAAAAAUGAUAUUCUGAGUGUGGAUGCACGUCCCUCAGAUGCCAUAAAUGUGGCAAAUAGAUGUAAGGCACCAAUAUUUGUAAGUAGACAAAUUGUCUUGGAAGAUGCUAUUAAAAUUGGUUAUGGGAUGGGCAGAACUCGUGAUACUAAGUCUACUUAUGAUGUGUCCCUUGACAGUGCUGCAGAUGGUCCAGAUAUACUGUCGGAGGAACUUUAUUUAGUGAAGAAUAUGAAUUUCGCUAUUAGAGAAGAAAGGUACAAGGAUGCAGCCAUGUGGCGAGACAAACUAGUGAAGCUUCGUGAGUCAAGUACAUGAACAUUAAUCAAUCAUAAGGAUAACUUAGUGUUGGAAAAAAUGCCUCAUUUUAGUCUUUUGGUGUCAUGUUUUCAGUAGGAAUACUCAAUAGUGUUAGGAGCAUCUGGAGGAAUUGAUGCAGCAGGAACAAGAUUAUGCUAUGUACAGCUUCAACUUUAAAAAAAUUGUUAAUAGACUAAUGUAAAGUCAUAUAUUCAAUUAAAUUGUGUUACCCAUAAAGAUUAUCCAAUUUCUCUUACCUAGAGAUGUAAAUUUCAAAGUGCACUACAAACAGGUUUACACAUAAUUCUUAGCAAAUGAUGAAUGACAAGAAAGAGCAAUGUUCCCCGUUGUAUUCCCACCAAUCUGGUGAAAAA